AGCCGUGUAGGAAUCUUUUUGAUAAAAGUAAACAUAUGACCACACACAGCUAUGGCAGUACAAUGCAAGGCAUAUUUGUAUAACAGCAAGCCUGAAAAACCAACAGAAAUCCGUCGGUUUACGCUGGACUCAGAAGUGGCAACAAACUAUGAAUACCUUUAUAAAAAGGUUUCUUCAUUGUUCCCAGCUUUGAAAGAAGUGACUUUCUCCUUACAGUGGAAGGAUGGAGAUGGUGACAUGGUAUGGUUCAGUACAGAUGAAGAACUAACGCAUGCACUUAUGGUUCGGAAGCAUGAUAUGAUAAAAAUAUUUAUCAAGAUCAACCCCCCAGAAAAGGAUAAUAUACCGCCAUCAUCCUCAUCUGGUCCUGAUCCGAGAAUUCCACCGCCUUCGUAUGACUUUUAUCAUGGACGUGCACAACAUGCAUCACAUGGGACCAAACCACCCCAAUUUUACCAGUAUGCAGGUUUUCCACCAAUGUUCCCACCAAGUUACCAAGCGUCAUGGGGCCAACAACAUUUUAAUAAUCAACAACAACAACAACAACAACAGCAACACCAAUAUCAACAGGAAGCAAGUGCAGGUGAACAAUACCUCCACCACGUAGGUAGUGGGGUGGCUGAGAUUCUACGUCCCCUUGGUAUUGAUGUGGAUGUCAGUGUUGAACAUAAUGGGCGUAGACAGCAAUGUUCCACAACAGAAAGCCAACCGAAUCCUUCAUCCGGCAACACUGGAGCUAAAACUACAUUUCAAAGCAAGAGGAAUGAAAAUCCCAAACCAGGUGAUGCAGAUUCCAAAGCUCAUGAACCAACCAAUCAAGCUGGAAACGACACUAACUGUGUGCAAGCUGAAAUGGAAAGGUUGGAAGUUUCAAACAGAUCACUAGUUGAAAACCCACGACUUGCUGAAUCAUUAACCCAACUCCUUGCAAUGGGUUUCAACAAUGAUGGUGGGUGGUUGGCUAACCUUCUAUGUGCUUGUGAUUAUGAUAUAAGUCGUGCUCUCGAUAAAAUGCAACCAGCGCGUGGCAGUAGAGGGUAAGAAGGGUUUCAGUCAUUUUGAACAAAUACAUUACGUUUUCUUAGACUGACAUUUUUUAAAAAUCUUUCAUUAGUUAAGAUAAGCUGGUGUUUCUUUAACUUUUAAAAAUUGUUCAAAAUUAUAAUUUACAAAACAAUAUCGCGAAACUAAAAUUGCCGGAAGAUUUCUUUUAGACUUAAACUUGUAAAUUGUAAAUUUUGUAAAUUUUACUUGUAAAUUUUGUGAAUAAGUGCAGGUGACUUGGUGUGGUGUCGCUUUUUCAUAGAAAAAGUAAAAAAAAUGAAUAUGUUUGUAAAUGUGCCUAAAGUCACAGAACACAACUUUUUACAUUACUUUUUCAUUCCAUAAUAGUACAGAUUAGUUUCAUUCUUUAUAUUUUACUUUCAUGUCUCUGGACAUUUCUUUUUUAAAUACAACUUUAUCCAAA